AAUAAAAACACACACGUGAGCUAAUAACGAGUAUUUAAAACUGGCAGUAAUUACGUAAGAAAUUCACACGUUUAGUUUAGUGUGGUGUCGCUCUGUCAGUAUAAAUAAGUAGGUAACUCGCGUAGCUGGCGAGACGUAAAUCAGCCGUGUUCGUGGUUCGAUCUACGCGGCCUCACCAUGCUGAAGUUGAAGUCUUUGUCGAAGUCGGUGUCCACGCGGGGCCUGGACCUCGGUCAGUUGCUCAAAGCGGUUCCUGCCGCAACGCAAAACAGAAACUACGCCGACCAUGUUAUCCCCGAUAGGCUCAAGGAUAUGCCUACACACCCCAACCCCCGGUUCUUCGACAUGGUGGAGUAUUUCUUCCACAAGGCGUGCGUCCUGGUGGAGGACAAGCUGGUCGAGGAUCUGGCUAAAGUUAAGGGCUCAAGGCUGACGCUGGAACAGAGACAGGCCAAAGUAAAGGGUAUCCUGACCCACAUGGAACAGUGCGAUCAUGUUAUCGAAGUAGCGUUUCCGAUUAAAAGGGAUAACGGUGAAUACGAGAUCAUCAAGGGUUACAGGGCACAACACAGCACCCACAGAACACCCUGCAAAGGAGGUAUGCGUUUCUCCAUGGACGUGUCCAGAGAUGAGGUUAAAGCCCUGGCCGCCCUAAUGACAUUCAAGUGCGCCUGCGUGGACGUGCCCUUCGGCGGCGGCAAGGCCGGCGUCAAGAUCGACCACAAGAAAUACUCCGAACACGAGCUCGAAAAGAUCACGCGUCGCUUCACCCUCGAAUUGGUCAAGAAGGGAUUCAUUGGACCCAGCAUCGAUGUGCCCGCCCCCGACAUGGGAACCGGCGAACGUGAGAUGUCAUGGCUGGCCGACACCUACGCAAAAACUAUCGGCUACCAGGACAUCAACAGCCACGCGUGCGUAACCGGCAAACCGAUCAACCAAGGUGGCAUCCACGGUCGCGUCUCAGCCACCGGACGUGGUGUCUUCCACGGCAUCCAAAACUUCAUCAAUGAAGCGAACUACAUGCAGAUGAUCGGUCUGAAGACUGGCUGGGAGGGCAAGACGGUCAUCAUUCAAGGUUUCGGUAACGUCGGUUUGCACACCAUGCGUUACUUGCAUAGGGUGGGCGCCAAAUGCAUCGGCGUCAUCGAGUACGACGGUUCCAUCUUCAACGAAAACGGUAUCGACCCCAAGGAAUUGGAAGACUACCGCGUGAACAACGGCACCAUCGUGGGAUUCCCCGGAGCCAAACCGUACGACGGCAACUUGCUGUUCCACGAAGUAGAUAUUCUCGUGCCUGCCGCCACCGAGAAAGUGAUCAAUAAAGACAACGCCGACAAAAUCAAGGCCAAGAUCAUCGCCGAGGCUGCCAACGGACCGUUGACCCCGGCCGCCGACACCAUCCUCCUUAAGAAGAAUGUCCUCAUCAUUCCCGAUUUGUACGUGAACGCCGGUGGUGUGACCGUAUCAUUUUUCGAAUGGCUCAAAAACAUAAACCACGUGUCGUACGGCAGACUCACCUUCAAAUACGAAAGGGACUCCAACUACCACUUGUUGCAAUCUGUCCAAGAGUCUCUCGAGAGGAAAUUUGGCGCCGAAAAGGGCAAAAUCCCAAUCCUCCCGUCCACCGCUUUCCAGAAGAAGAUCGCCGGUGCCUCAGAAAAAGAUAUCGUCCACUCUGGUCUGGAGUUCACAAUGGAGAGAUCAGCUAGGGCCAUUAUGAAGACUGCAGAAAAGUACAACCUGGGUAUAGACUUGAGGUCCGCAGCUUACAUCAAUUCAGUAGAGAAGAUUUUCAACACUUAUUCCGAAGCUGGACUUACUUUCUAAGUGUCUACAUGUUCUUUUAGUGUUUGGCCACAGUAUAAGUAACUGCAACAACUGUACUAUAUGUGGUUUUGCACAAUAUCCACUGUGACAUGUUUUGUUAUGUUUUAAUAAUAAUCGUUCACUUAAACGCACAUUAGGCAACCAAAAUUAAAUUUUUAACCAAAACCAAAUUUAGAUUUCUAGUCAGGUUUCGUCAAAACGAGAUCUAUUUAUUAGACUUAAAAAUUUUUCAUUUUUUUCCUAAAAACUAGUUUAUUUUUCGUCGAUUUAUAUUCGAAAUAUAAAAGACAACGUUUAAUUUAAAACAAACAUUUAUUCGAAUUGGAAAGCAAAGUUUUAAAACGCUUACUAAUUUAACAAAUUUAUAUCGCAUAUAAGACUUAAUAAAAUACGACAAUUUAAUCU